AGAACUUGGUCAUCAAGGCUUUGAUCAGGUAGACUUCUAUACUGAGCAGCCUUCUAUGAAAUUAUUAUUCGUCCACCCACUGGUUCAAAACUGCAAGGGUAUGCCAAGGAAGUGGGGCCGAGAUCUGCAGCUCAGGGUUUCAUUGACGCAGCGAAGGCACAGCUCAUCUCUACUUCCAGCAUCAAGUUGCGAAGACUUUCAAACUGCUCAAGAUUCACAUCCACCUCCAACUCAACGAUGACGUCUACACCUACUUCGAUGAGAGCUUGCACAUGGAAGUCGAACACAGGCGGCCUCGAAGCAAACCUCAAGCUCGACAACAAUGUACCACUUCCAAAGAAUGCCAGCUCCCUUUCCAGUGGUCAGACACUGGUCAAAGUCGCCUACGCCUCACUCAAUCCCGUCGACUACAAAAUGGCAGAAAUGCCAAUCCUAGGAAAUUACAUCCUGCCAUCAUCCACACCUGGCCUAGACUUCUCUGGCACCGUCGUAGACACCAAGCUUUCUCACCUUAAACCCGGAGACCGCGUUCACGGCCGACUCGACCCGCCUUUCUUCGGUACACUCGCAGACUACGUAGUCGUAGGCACAGAAGGUAUCGCAAAAGUCCCCGAGAAUCUAGAACUUCGACACGCAUCCGUAGCUGGAAUCGUUGCUUUGACAGCAUACCAGAGCAUAGCCCCAUACGUCAGCGCCGGAGACGAAAUUUUCAUCAACGGCGGGUCAGGCGGAACAGGAACAUUCGGGAUCCAAAUCGCCAAAGCUCUCGGCUGUAAAGUCACAACAACAUGUUCUGGCGCAAACGUAGAUCUCUGCAAACAACUUGGAGCAGAUGAAGUCAUCAACUAUCGCGAAACAGACGUCCUACAAACUCUGAAAUCUCGAACUUCUUCUAAUAAGCCCCUUUUCCGCCUCAUCGUCGACAACGUCUUCAACGACGGCUCUCUCUACUGGAACUCUCACCAUUACCUCGAGCCAAGUGGGACGUUCCUCACACCUGGAGGGACGAAAUUUGCUCAGAUCAGAGAUAUUGCGCUUGGGAGGAUUUUGCCGCGAUGGCUUGGUGGUGGGCAGGCGAAGUUUGUUUUUCUUGCUUGUAAACCUAGUCGGGAGCAGAUGGAGACGAUCGAUAAGUGGAUGGUGGAGGGGAAGGUGAGAGCGAUUAUUGAAAAGGUGUAUGAGAUGGAGGAUGCUGGGAAGGCGUUUGAGAGGCUGAAGAGUGGGAGGGUGAGAGGGAAGUUGGUGGUGAAGAUUGGUGGGGAGAAGUAGUUCUAAUGGUUUGGUUCACGUGGCAUGAAUGAUGACUUUUAGAGAAGACUACAAGGGUAAUAUGCGUAGAUUUUAGGUGCAGAGAUACCGAAUGAUGGGUCUUCGACCGUGGAGACUCCAGCUG